AUUUUUAUAUACAGUCCUAUAGUGUCACAACCUCAUCUUAACUACAUUUCCAUUUCCCCUCCUUCUUCUUUAACUUGAUAUCCUCUUUCUUUUGUGGCUAUUCUUGAAAAAAAUUCUUCAAUCUAUGGCUACUCUCACAAAUUUUUUGCUCAAACCCUCUCCAAAUCUAGCUUCAAUUACCAAAAUUAGCCCUUCACUUUACACCAAUUUCCCUUCAACUCAAUCUUUUGAGAAAUCCAAACAAUCAAUUUCAAAGAGCCUCAAAACAAACAGGGCCUUAUUGAUUACAAAGGCAACAGCAGCACCUGAUGUUGAGAAAAAAGUGGACAAAAGUGAAAGACUACAAAAGGUUAAUAGUAUGGAGGAAUUGGAUGAAGCACUUAAAAAGGCAAAAGAUCGACUAGUUGUGGUUGAAUAUGCAGGCAAAGAUAGUGAACGUUCCAAAAAUAUUUAUCCUUUUAUGGUCAAUUUAAGUAAGACGUGUAACGACGUCGAUUUCUUGCUCGUGAUCGGAGAUGAAACGGAGAAGACAAAGGCACUCUGCCGGAGGGAAAAGAUAGAAAAGGUACCACAUUUCACCUUCUACAAAAGCAUGGAAAAGAUCCACGAGGAAGAAGGCAUUGGCCCGGACCAACUAGCCGGCGAUGUACUCUACUACGGUGACAGCCAUUCCGAAGUACUGCAGCUUCACAGCAGAGAGGACGUUGAAAAAGUAAUCGAAGACCACAAAAUCGAUAAAAAAUUAAUAGUCCUCGACGUAGGUUUGAAGCAUUGUGGACCAUGUGUGAAAGUUUAUCCAACGGUGAUUAAGCUAUCGAGGCAGAUGUCUGAUACAGUCGUGUUCGCGAGAAUGAAUGGUGAUGAAAAUGAUAGUUGUAUGCAGUUUUUGAAAGACAUGGAUGUUAUUGAAGUGCCUACAUUUUUGUUUAUAAGAGAUGGGGAGAUUUGUGGAAGGUAUGUUGGAUCUGGGAAAGGGGAACUUAUUGGAGAGAUUCUUAGAUACCAAGGAGUUAGGGUUACUUAUUAAAAUUGUUGAAGUUAUAUACUUAAUUGGGACAUUUGAUUUGUGAAAUGAUUAUGGACUAGUUAAGUGAAAAAAGAAAAAAACAACAACUUGGUUUGGUUGAGAUUUUAAGUUUUGGUAUGCUUAAUUUGUGAACAAUGUUGUAAGUGAUCAAGACUGUCAUAGUUGAUUUUGAAUGAGAAUGUUAUUAGUUAAGUAA